CGACGUCAUACGUGAUUCACUAUCAGGCGCGACGGGAGUAGGACCAAUCGACUCCGUUGAGCCUCCGGCUCAGCGGCUGCCAUCUUGUUUCGGCGGUUAAGAUGUCCAGCUUGCCACUAUCCAAGAAACGCUGUGUGCCUGGGCCUGAUCCAAAACCAAGUUCUGACUGCUCCUCUGCCUAUUCAGUAAUGUUUAAAGUGCCCUCAGGCCCAACCAACGGGAUGCCAAACAAAGACAGUGAAACAGACAUAGAUGAGGGUCUUUACUCCCGGCAGCUGUAUGUGCUCGGCCAUGAGGCAAUGAAGCAUCUCCAGACAUCCAGUGUACUGGUAUCAGGCCUCCGGGGCUUAGGUGUGGAAAUUGCCAAGAAUAUCAUCCUUGGUGGGGUCAAAGCUGUCACCCUGCAUGACCAGGGCACUGCCCAGUGGGCCGACCUCUCCUCCCAGUUCUACCUGCGGGAGGAGGACGUUGGUAAAAACCGGGCUGAGGCCUCACAGCCCCGCCUUGCUGAGCUCAACAGCUAUGUGCCUGUCACCACCUAUACUGGGGCCCUCGUUGAGGACUUCCUUAGUGGUUUCCAGGUGGUGGUCCUCACCAACACUCCCUUGGAGGACCAGCUGCAGGUGGGUGAGUUCUGUCAUAGCCAUGGAAUCAAGCUGGUCGUGGCAGACACACGGGGCCUAUUUGGGCAGUUGUUCUGUGACUUUGGAGAGGAAAUGACCCUUACAGAUUCCAAUGGGGAGCCGCCUCUCAGUGCUAUGGUAUCUAUGGUUACGAAGGAUAGCCCUGGUGUUGUCACCUGCCUGGAUGAGGCCCGGCAUGGAUUUGAGAGUGGCGACUUUGUCUCCUUCACAGAAGUGCAGGGCAUGAAUGAACUCAAUGGCACCUACCCUAUAGAGAUCAAAGUCCUGGGUCCCUAUACCUUUAGUAUCUGUGACACUUCUAGCUUCUCUGAGUACAUCCGGGGAGGCAUUGUCAGUCAGGUUAAAGUACCUAAGAAGAUCAGCUUUAAAUCCUUGCUAGCCUCAUUGGCAGAGCCAGAGUUUGUGAUAACGGAUUUUGCCAAGUAUUCUCGCCCAGGCCAGCUGCACAUUGGCUUCCAGGCCCUGCACCACUUCUGUGCUCAGCAUGGCCGGUCCCCUCGGCCGCACAAUGAGGAGGAUGCAACAGAGCUGGUGUCCUUAGCACAGGCUGUGAAUGCCCGAUCCUUGCCAGCAGUGCAGCAGGACCCUCUGGAUGAGGACCUCAUUCGAAAGCUGGCAUAUGUGGCUGCUGGGGACCUGGCACCCAUAAACGCCUUUAUUGGGGGCUUGGCUGCCCAGGAAGUUAUGAAGGCCUGCUCUGGGAAGUUUAUGCCUGUUAUGCAGUGGCUGUACUUUGAUGCCCUUGAGUGUCUCCCCGAGGACAAACGGGCCCUCGCAGAGGACAAGUGUCUUCCGUGCCAGAACCGUUACGAUGGGCAGGUGGCUGUAUUUGGCUCAGACCUGCAAGAGAAGCUGGGCAAGCAAAAGUACUUCUUGGUGGGUGCAGGGGCCAUUGGCUGUGAACUCCUCAAGAACUUUGCCAUGAUUGGCCUAGGCUGUGGGGAGGAUGGGGCAGUCACUGUUACAGACAUGGACACCAUUGAGAAGUCCAAUCUCAACCGACAGUUUUUGUUCCGGCCCUGGGAUGUCACGAAAUUGAAAUCUGACACAGCUGCUGCAGCUGUGCGCCAGAUAAAUCCGUACAUCCGGGUUAUGAGCCAUCAGAAUCGUGUUGGCCCUGACACAGAGCAUAUCUACGAUGACAGCUUCUUCCAGAACCUUGAUGGUAUUGCCAAUGCCCUGGACAAUGUGGAUACUCGCAUCUACAUGGACCGCCGCUGUGUGUACUACCGUAAACCACUGCUGGAGUCAGGCACGUUGGGCACCAAGGGCAAUGUGCAGGUGGUUAUCCCUUUCCUGACAGAGUCCUACAGCUCCAGCCAGGAUCCUCCUGAGAAGUCCAUCCCUAUCUGCACCCUGAAGAACUUCCCCAGUGCCAUCGAACACACACUGCAGUGGGCUCGGGAUGAGUUUGAAAGUCUCUUCAAGCAGCCAGCAGAAAACGUGAACCAGUAUCUCACAAACUCCAACAAGUUUGUGGAACAGACACUGCGCCUGGCAGGCACCCAACCCCUGGAGGUGCUGGAGGCUGUGCAGCAUAGCCUGGUACUAGAGCGCCCACAGGCCUGGGCUGACUGUGUGACCUGGGCUUACCAUCACUGGCACACUCAGUACUCCAGCAACAUUCGCCAGCUUCUGCACAACUUUCCACCUGACCAGCUUACAAGCUCUGGAGCCCUGUUCUGGUCUGGGCCCAAACGCUGUCCACACCCACUCAUCUUUGAUGUCAACAAUCCCCUGCAUCUGGAUUAUGUGAUGGCUGCUGCCAACCUCUUUGCCCAGACCUAUGGGCUGAUGGGGUCUCAGGACCGAGCUGCUGUGGCCAUACUUCUGCAGUCUGUGCAUGUCCCUGAAUUCACCCCCAAGUCUGGUGUCAAGAUCCAUGUCUCUGACCAGGAGCUUCAGAACACCGGUGCCUCUGUUGCUGAGGAUGAUGGCCGCCUACAGGAGCUCAAAGCCAUGCUUCCCAGCCCAGAGAAGCUUGCUGGGUUCAAGAUGUACCCUGUCAACUUUGAGAAGGAUGAUAACACCAACUUUCAUAUGGAUUUCAUUGUGGCUGCAUCCAACCUCCGAGCAGAAAACUAUAACAUUCCCCCUGCCGAUCGGCAUAAGAGCAAGCUGAUUGCAGGGAAGAUCAUCCCUGCCAUUGCCACAACCACAGCAGCUAUAGUUGGCCUCGUGUGUCUGGAGCUAUACAAAGUGGUGCAGGGACACCGGCAGCUUGAAUCUUACAAGAACAGCUUUAUGAACUUGGCCCUGCCCUUCUUCAGCUUCUCUGAACCCCUUGCCCCACCCCGUCACCAGUACUAUAACCAAGAGUGGACAUUGUGGGAUCGCUUUGAUGUACAGGGGCUACAGCCUAAUGGUGAAGAGAUGACUCUCAGACAGUUCCUUAACUACUUUAAGACAGAGCACAAAUUAGAGAUUACCAUGCUGUCCCAAGGUGUAUCCAUGCUGUACUCCUUUUUCAUGCCAGCUACCAAACUCAGGGAACGGUUGGAUCAGCCGAUGACAGAAAUUGUGAGCCAUGUGUCAAAGCGAAAGCUGGGCCACCAUGUGCGGGCACUGGUGUUUGAGCUGUGCUGCAGUGAUGAGACUGGCGAGGAUGUUGAGGUUCCCUGUGUACGAUACACCAUCCGCUGACUCCCCAGUCCCCAAACUGUUUAGUUUCAGAUCCCUUCUA